UGCCGUCUCCUCUCCUACCCCCUGUCCGGAUGCGUGUAGCUGAAGGGAUUUAAAGGGACCUGCCAAACCUGUUGUUUACUCGGGCCGUGCCCGCACGCAGCGAACAGGGCUGAAUCCCGCCCGCCGAGCCCCCCCAGCCGCGCUUUCCUGGCGGGAACAACCCCGUUUCAUCCUACAAAGAGCCUUGUCCCCGACUGAUGGCCCGUCCUUCGGACCUAAAUUAUUCAAUUAACAUUACAAUUGCAAAAAUCUUGGGAGCUGCCCCCCGGCGCUGUGUCUGUGUCGGCAGCCGCUGCAGGAUGCUGCCCGCUGCCGUGCCCUGAACACGUGUCUGGGCUGGAGGCAGGGCCGUGCCGCCGUCCCCUCGUGGCUGGGGAGCGGCAGGAGAAGGCCCAGCGUCCUGCACUGAGCCCACAACUGCAGCAGCAGUGGCUGUGCUUGAGCACAGCCUGUGAUGCUCUUUUUUCCUUUGAGUUUUAAUUUGGAAGGUGGCAGGCUGACAGCCGUGCUCACAAGUGUUUCACUCUUUGGACAAGGCAGUCGGUGAGGGUGAUGGUUCCUCAGCAAGCUCCUUUACUGCUGAGUGCUUGCUUCCAAAGCUGAGACUGCUCCUGGCAGCCGUGUGCAGGGUGUGUGCACCCCCUUCUCACCAGCCUGCAGGCAGGCAGAUCCACUGCGUCGUUUACAGCUUUUAAAAAUUAGAGAUUGCACAAACUAUGCACCGUAGGGAUAGACAGUGAACUGGAAACUUUUAUGCUGAUACCAGUGGACAUUCAGCUCCUUUGGUACACAGGGUACAGCUGGGAGGAAAAGAUGUUUGGCUUUCACAAACCGAAGAUGUACCGGAGUAUAGAGGGCUGCUGUAUUUGCAGAGCUAAGUCUUCCAGUUCUCGUUUUACUGACAGCAAACGUUAUGAAAAGGAUUUCCAGAACUGUUUUGGGCUCCGUGAGGCUCGCUCAGGAGAUAUUUGCAAUGCCUGUGUUCUUUUGGUGAAAAGAUGGAAAAAAUUACCAGCAGGAUCAAAAAAAAACUGGAAUCACGUGGUAGAUGCCAGGGCUGGACCCAGCCUUAAAACAACAUUGAAACCAAAGAAAAUGAAAACUCUCUCUGGAAGCAGAAUAAAGAGCAAUCAAAUCAGCAAACUGCAAAAGGAAUUCAAGCGGCACAAUUCUGAUGCCCACAGCACAACUUCAAGUGCCUCCCCAGCUCAGUCGCCCUGUUACAGUAACCAGUCGGACGAUGGCUCUGACACGGAGCUGAGCGCUGGGGCCAGCAGAACGCCAGUGUUCUCCUUCCUAGAUCUCACCUACUGGAAAAGGCAAAAGGUCUGCUGUGGAAUUAUUUACAAAGGGCGUUUUGGAGAAGUCCUCAUAGACACUCAUCUCUUCAAACCUUGUUGUAGCAAUAAAAAAUCUGCCACUGAAAAGCCAGAACAAGAAGGACCCCAAUCUCCAGCAAUCUCCACCCAGGAGGAGUGGUGACUUCCUUGGAUAGCUGCAGAAGGUUAUACAGAUCCUCUUAUUCUCUGGAAAAAUACUAGCAAAGUGACUGUUCACUUUGGACACCUGCUAUGCUGCCAAAAGACUAUUCCCUAGAACUGUUUUGGGUUUUACUGCUACGAUUCCACAAACUCUGAAGCCAGUUUGUAUCCUUUCAAAAAGACUGUACAUAAUAUUUAAGAUGCUAUGGAACACUUGGCAAAGCUGAAUGCUGCUGCAAGGUUGUCUAAUUUUCCCCCACACUCACUUCCCAAGUGAAUAUGAAGAUGGGGUUUGUAUAUUAAAGUAUAUUAGCUCAUGUUUCUGUACUGAAAGAAGCAGUGGUUGUAAGGCUUUUUUGGAUUUUUUUUUUCUUUCUUUAAAAGUUGGUUGGCAAACUUCCUAAAUUCCCAAGAAAAUAUUUCAUUCUUAGACAUGUAUGAGUCAAUGAAAUGAACUAAUACAUAGAAAUGUUAUAAGUCACCUCUCUAGUUAUAUAAAUAUAUAUUUUUAAAGGUGUGGCGAUUUCACCCUAUACUACUGACAUAACAAAGACAAGUGUUUCAUUCCUCCCGUGUGACACAGACUGGUAAUCUGCAGACAUCUCUACUUCAAGUGGUAGCUAUCUGAGAAGGCCCCCAGCAUAAAAGUGCUCUUGAGAAGGGGUGGGAGAGCUCUCCACCUUAGCUAAGGAUUAAGAUUUACCUAAGAACUGAACAUAGCAAAAUGGGAAGUUACUUUUUUUUUAAGCCAACAGUAGACACCCUGGGCUUGGUGUAGUAACCCCUGGUGGUUAGAGAUGGACCAAGAAACGCCUUGAUGCCCAAGUCAGGUGUAGAUGGCAGCCAAAAGUGAGUAACUGCUCUCUGUAGGCCCAGUGCAGCUGAAAUGUGACCACAAACAAGACUCCUCCUAGUUUUGGACCUGACAAAGAACCAAAGCCCUUGCUAAGCAAGUUAGGCUCUGGUUCAGGGACAUAAUCUGGUUGCAGCCUGGGGUCUGGAUUCACUAUAACUGUUUUGAAACCCUUCCCCUGCAGUGUUUCUCUGUGUUUGGGUUUAGGUUUUUUUUUUUUUUUUUUUUUUCUGUUUGUUUGUUUAAGCAGCUGCCAGGUCAACACUUUUGUGAAUACUGAAUCUGAAAAGUUCUGCUAAGAAUGGUGCCGUGCUGAAUCAAGGCAGCAGCUCUGUUUGCAUAUGUGAUCAAAAGAUAAUACUUUCUACACAGAUUCCCAGACAAGCUCAUGUGCAAAUCAUUGUGACACUCCUUCAAGCUCUGCUUUGCCUCUAGGGUGGAAGAAGCUUCCUGGAAGAUUGUGCUGCAGUUUUAGCUCCCAGUUGCUUCACGUUCCUUUUAUGAAGGUUUUACUUGUGUGAGUUGGGAAUUCUGCUUUUUGUUUGGUUGGUUUUUUCCUGGUUUUAGGGGGAGGGAGGAUUUUUUUUUUUUUUUUUUUUUACUAUUACUCUUUUAGGAUAUCCUACAAUGGAUUGCUACAUGGUGUGAUUCUUGUGGUGUCCUGUGUAGGGCCAGUAGUUGGAGUUGGUCCUGAUGGGUCCCUCAACUCAGCAUAUUCUAUGAUUCUAAGCUUUCCUUUUUUGUGAGUCAUUGGCAUAAUACUGUGGUGGGUAGGGUUUAGGACUGGAUUUCCAUGUAGUCUCGGUUCCUGAAAUGGGAAUACUUAGCAAAUUAAAAUAUAGAUAGGGAAAGAUAUGCAGGUUUUAAGAGGAGCCUCUACCCUCAAAGCUUUUUUUUUCUUUCUUUUUUCCUCUCCUGUUGGGUCAGCCAAUCUCUGGAGAGAAAGAAAAUCAGGGGAAACAGGGCUUUGACUUAUCACAGCCUUACCUUGGACUCAUUUUGCUUUUCCUAAACUCUGAGGUUCUUAAGGGAGGACAAAGCUGCUUACCUUGCUUUUAUUCUCAACCAAAUAGAAUAAUUCAGGUUGGAAAAGACCUAAGCCCAUUGAGUCCAGCCAUAGAUAUAAUAGAUACUUGAUUGUAUAAAGGCAUAACUAGGUUGGUCAUGUCUAAUAAGGGCUUGAACAAGAGUUCUUGCUGUGUUUGCAGACACCUAUUUCAUGUGAAUUUGUGUUUUCAGCAUCAGUAAUUCUGUACACCUAAGAAGGCUGCAGUGUUGGUGGUAGGAUGUGCUCUGAUAUGGAUCAUCUCUUCUGUAUUUAUUUAUUUAUUGCUAGAUUUCAACCGCCAACUGCUUCCCCUACUCCCUCCCACCUCUUCCAUUCCCGGUAGUAAUGCAAAAUGAGUAGUCAUGCACUUUGUAUUAAUGUAUUAGAAAUCUAUGGAACCUGUUUUGUACUUUUAUACUGUUCAGACACUUGUAAUCCAAACUUUGUUUUUACUAGGGUAAUGAAUAAAUUUAGUCUUAUUUAGAAAAUAA